UGGGCCGGGCCGGGCGGGAAACGUUAGGCCAGCGGCCCCCGGGGCGCGGGGGUCGAGCGGGCGGGGAGGGCCCGAGGCAAGCUCUGCCCGGAUGAGGAACAAAGCGGUGGGGCAGGCGCGCGCGCCCCCCGCGCGGCCGGCAGGUUGGGCAGCCCCCCUCCCGAAGCUUCUGGAGGAAAAGCCCCGGGUGUCCCCCGGCAUGCCCCAUCUCGCGGCGGGGUGCGCGGCCGCCGGCCCUCGGGAGAAGUUGGGCGGCCCCGGGCGGCCGCGGGGCCGAGGGGCCGCGUUUGUGCAGCGGUUGUAAGCAAGAUGCGGUAGCACGUGACCCUGGAACGCAAACCCUGAUGGCCGGUUCCCCGCCGCGCUUGUGUUCUUUUCUCUGACACUUGGCCCCAAGCAGAUGCAUCACAGGAUGAAUGAAAUGAACCUGAGCCCAGUGGGGAUGGAGCAGCUGACUUCAUCCUCUGUGAGCAAUGCCUUGCCAGGCUCAGGGAGUCACCUAGGGUUGGCUGCCUCACCCACUCACAAUGCCAUCCCUGCCCCAGGCCUGCCAGUGGCAAUUCCAAACCUGGGUCCCUCCCUGAGCUCUCUGCCUUCUGCUUUGUCUCUGAUGCUCCCAAUGGGUAUUGGGGAUCGAGGGGUGAUGUGUGGGUUACCCGAAAGAAACUACACCCUACCUCCACCACCUUACCCCCACCUGGAGAGCAGUUACUUCAGAACCAUUCUACCUGGCAUUUUAUCUUAUUUAGCCGACAGACCACCACCUCAGUAUAUCCACCCUAACUCUAUAAAUGUUGAUGGUAAUACAGCAUUAUCUAUCGCCAAUAACGCUUCAGCUCUAGAUCCCUAUCAGUCCAAUGGAAAUGUUGGAUUAGAACCAGGCAUUGUUUCAAUAGACUCUCGCUCUGUGAACACACAUGGUGCCCAAAGUCUUCAUCCCAGUGAUGGCCAUGAGGUGGCCUUGGACACAACAAUCACUAUGGAGAACGUCUCUAGGGUUACCAGCCCAAUCUCUACAGAUGGAAUGGCAGAAGAGCUUACAAUGGAUGGAGUUGCAGGCGAGCAUGCCCAAAUCCCAAAUGGCUCCAGAAGUCAUGAACCUCUGUCUGUAGAUUCUGUGAGCAACAACCUUGCAGCAGACACUGUAGGACAUGGUGGUGUGAUACCCAUUCAUGGGAAUGGCCUGGAGCUCCCUGUGGUCAUGGAGACAGACCACAUUGCAAGUCGGGUCAACGGGAUGUCUGACAGUGCCCUCAGUGAUUCCAUCCACACCGUGGCCAUGAGCACCAACUCUGUAAGCGUGGCACUCUCUACCUCACACAACCUCGCCUCCUUAGAAUCUGUUUCCCUCCAUGAAGUUGGCCUAAGCCUAGAACCUGUGGCUGUCUCCUCCAUCACCCAGGAGGUUGCUAUGGGGACAGGUCAUGUAGAUGUAUCUUCAGACAGUCUUUCUUUUGUACCACCUUCACUGCAAAUGGAAGACUCCAAUUCAAACAAGGAAAAUAUGGCAACCUUGUUUACAAUUUGGUGCACGCUCUGUGACCGAGCCUAUCCCUCAGACUGCCCUGAUCACGGACCAGUGACUUUUGUUCCUGACACUCCAAUAGAGAGCAGGGCGAGGCUUUCUCUCCCAAAGCAGCUUGUUCUUCGCCAGUCAGUUGUGGGAGCAGAAGUUGGUGUAUGGACUGGAGAAACCAUUCCUGUGCGGACUUGCUUUGGGCCUCUCAUUGGCCAGCAGAGUCACUCCAUGGAAGUAGCAGAAUGGACAGACAAGGCGGUUAACCAUAUAUGGAAGAUAUACCACAACGGUGUCCUAGAAUUCUGUAUCAUUACAACUGAUGAAAAUGAAUGUAAUUGGAUGAUGUUUGUGCGCAAAGCCAGGAACCGGGAAGAACAGAAUUUGGUGGCUUAUCCCCAUGAUGGAAAAAUCUAUUUCUGCACUUCACAAGAUAUCCCUCCUGAAAAUGAACUGCUUUUUUAUUACAGCCGGGAUUAUGCUCAGCAGAUUGGUGUUCCUGAACACCCAGAUGUGCACCUCUGUAACUGUGGCAAGGAGUGCAAUUCCUAUACAGAGUUCAAAGCUCACCUUACCAGCCACAUCCAUAACCAUCUUCAUAGCCAGGGCCACAGCAGCAGCCAUGGACCAAGCCACAGCAAAGAGAGGAAGUGGAAGUGCUCCAUGUGCCCCCAGGCUUUUAUCUCUCCUUCCAAACUUCACGUCCACUUUAUGGGUCACAUGGGUAUGAAGCCCCACAAGUGUGAUUUCUGUAGCAAGGCUUUUAGUGAUCCUAGCAACCUGCGGACCCACCUCAAGAUACAUACAGGUCAAAAGAACUACAGAUGUACUUUGUGUGACAAGUCUUUCACCCAAAAGGCUCACCUUGAGUCCCACAUGGUUAUCCACACGGGUGAGAAGAAUCUCAAGUGUGAUUACUGCGACAAGUUGUUCAUGCGGAGGCAGGACCUCAAGCAACACGUACUCAUCCACACACACAUUAUGCCAACUGGUGAAUAUACAGAGAUGAAAGACACAGACCUUGUCUUUAAAGAGCUCGAAGUCCGGUAAGAGAAGCAGAACAGUACAGCACUACCAUACCAUGCUGCAGUCAGAGUAAGCAUCAGAUCCUGAGAGGCUGUGGAAGAGGGUCACCGACCCGGCCAGGGUGUCUGGGAGAGCCUCCUGGUAGUCUGAGCUAAGUAUUAAAGAAGAUUAAGUUAGAAUUUUUAGGGAGGCAGAGAAGGAUAAAGGAUGGGAAUAGUAUUCUAGACAGAGGAAAGGCAUAUUUAGAAAUACAUGUACGAGAAGGACUGUGGAAUGCAAGUGGUUCUUUACAGUUAGAGCACAGUGUGCGUGUGAGAACAAUGGAGAGAGAGGCGGCAGUAAAGUCAGGAGCCUUUUAUCCAACUAGGAAAAUUAAAUUUCAUUCUGGAGGUAAUGGGGAGCCACUGAAGGAUUUUACCUCCCCAUGUCACAGGCACCAUUCUGUGCCAUGUGUGUGUUUUAAUUAUGGUAAAAACACAAAAUUUACUGUCUUAACCACUUCUACGUGUACGGUUCAGUAAUGUUAAGUGUAUUCACACUCUUAUACAAGUGUUGAAGGACUUUGAGGAAAAAUGUCAAGGUGAGAUAUUCCAUUUUAUAAAGGAUUGAAGGAGAAGGUCAAAUAUUAGGAGACUCAUUAAGAAUUCAUUGCAUGAGGGGCACCUUGGUGGCUCAGUUGGUUAAGCAUCCAACCUCGGCUCAGGUCAUGAUCUCAUGGUUCAUGGGUUCAAGCCCCAUGUCUGGCUCUCUGCUGACAGUGCAGAGCCUGGAGCCUGCUUCAGAUUCUGUGUGUGUCUCCCCAGCCACCCCCCUCACUGCCCCUCCACUCCUUAUGUGCGCACGCACGCGCUGUCUCUCUCUCUCUCAAAAAUAAACAUUAAAAAAAAAAAAAAAGAAUUUAUUGCAUGAGAGGCACCUGGGUGGCUCAGUUGGUUAAUCGUCCAAGUCUUGGU